AUGUCGCCGCCAUACGGCCAGCGCGACCGACCCGAGACAACCCUUUCUAACAACCAUCAACAGCAGCGGGAGCCUCAGAUGUACACUUCCGCGCAAUUGAACGGCUUUGAGACGAGCUCUCCAGUGACAGGCUACCCCGGCGGCCUCCGCGGGCAGCAAGACAAUGGCUCAAGAAACAACUUUGGCGCUGGCAAACGAUCAGUCUCACCACGUGAGCAUCAACAAUCGCCCGGCCCGACUCCUGGCACUAAUGGGUUCGGCGCUCCACCGCAGCCAACGGGGCCGCUGGGAGGCGGUGCCGCAGCACCGCAUGAAGAUCUCACAGCAGCAACGGAGUACCCGUACCGUGCGAAGGCGAUCUACAGUUAUGAAGCCAAUCCUGACGAUGCGAACGAGAUAAGUUUCAGCAAGCAUGAAAUAUUGGAAGUCAGCGAUGUGAGCGGACGGUGGUGGCAGGCUAAGAAAGAUAAUGGAGAGACCGGCAUUGGUACGUAA